CUAGUUCUCUGUCCGUCUCUCCCUCAUACGUACUCCAAUCAUCUCUCCAAAUGUUUUCAUCAAUCUCAUGUGUGGCAAUUUAAUGACAGAUCAGUACCAUUGAUGAGCUUUAUGUUUAUCACCGACAACGUGUAGUUAGUCCAUCGCCGUACAAGACGGAAAGACCGAUUUUGAGUGAUGAAGAACUAGCCAUUGAAGAGAGAUCGAAGGUCUGAAUCUACUUAUUUUUUUUGUAAUUUGAAGUACUAAAAUCUUCCCUCAUUCCGUUCAAAUAUACGUAUUGAGCACCAAUUUGAUCUGAAACUUAGUUUUGUUUAUUUUUGAAUCUGAAAUUUUGAUAUGAUACGAAGUAUUUGCUUAUUGAAAUGAUAUCUUUCUAGUAAAAAGUUUUUUCCCUCCUGAUUUGUUAUCAUAUCUGGAUCUAAUCUAUAUAUUUGGCUGGGCAUUGGUAGUAAAAGAUAUUCCAUUUUAAUCUAUCUUUUAUUGAGUUAGGCGCCUCCUUCUUGCAACUCGGUGUUCAGCUCUGGAAGCUUGGUCAACGGCCCAUAGAAAGAACUCUCCUCCAUGUUUCUAAAGUGGUCGCCAUAACCCAACCCACGUAGAAGGCGGGUGAUGUAGGGUCCAGAAAAGAUGGCCUUGAUUUUGUAUGUGGACUGACGGUGGAAGAGGUCGACAAUGAUAGCACCCAUGUGUGGUAGCUUGUCAUGGAUCAUGCAAUAAAGGCACAGAAGGUCUGUAGUGGAGACCUUACCUGCUACCUCGGCCCUCCCAGUGAUGGUGGAGGAAAGGAGGGAAUGGAUGACUCUGUAUGCCCGUGGGUACAACAAGGUACUAGGGGUGUCUCAGGGGUCGUACUUGCCGCCAUCUCUAGAAAUGCUCUCCCAAAAUCUUUGCCGGUCAACAUCUGGUGAAAAAUCAGUCAAGCGUGCUUCAUUAUCUGCUCUGUCCUCUAUCCGGGUAAAACCUAAGUGCCACAUGAUGUUGUAAAUGGACACUGCAUGCUCCUCAUUGAAGGCCCGGAGCUUGAUCAUGGGUCUGUGGUUAUCUGAGAAACGGAUGGAUCGGGGCACCUUAAUUGUGGCCAAAACCUCGCAAGUCACUUCCUUGAAUGUUGGCUCUCGGAUGCCAAAGAAAAGGUGUUGCCACCAUCCCCUUCGCAGCAGUGUCAUCACUUCGUCAUGUAGUCCAGCGGCUGUCAAUGUGGGCUCAUCUGGAUAAUAAAAGGUGCCCACCUCCUUCUUCAGUAGGUCAAGGUAUGUAAUCAACUGUUUGUCCUCCAUGAAUUGAGGCUGAUAUCGGGCACCUGUUGCCCGAUUGGAGUUGGUUCCAAAGUUCUUUGUUCGCUUCUUUGGUGGCACCUGUCAAAACAGUUAAACACCAAGAAUUCCAACGGGGCUUCCAUGUAUUAGAAUAAAACUCACAAGUCAAAAGUAAUGGCCCCAUCAGCAAUUAGUUAACCAAGAGCAUCAACAUAGCUAAAAACAGACCCAAGUUUAACCAGAAUAGGUGAAAAUUUUGAACUUUUAUCAAAGAAAAGUCCUUUGAAUAAAAGUCAAAUUUUCAGCGACACACGGUAUAAACAAGGUCACAAGCAAGAAUCCUUCAACACAACAAUGUUUUAAAAUAGAGUUCUUCCCAAAAUAAUUAGCAAGAAGAUCAAAAUUAGGGGAAGAACACAAAAUUCUUAAAUUUGACAAAGUUUAGCUAAAAAUUGGGGGAUCACGUUCAAAUGGAGUCAACAAAAAUCAUGGAUCAUCACAAGCAUACUUAAUCAUCAUAGAAUGCAAAGAAAUCAAAACCCCCAAAUUGUUUCACACAUUCAACAAGUUCAACCCUAAAUUGGCUAAAUUAGCUCAAAAUUAGGGAUUUCAAGCAAAAGAGGCAAAUUAAUCCACUUAGAACAUCAAAAUCAUCAAUACAAGCCUCAAAUUAAUCAUAGAUAAUCAAAUCCCUAAUUUUCGAGCUCAUGCAAAAUCGGACUUGUAAGAGCUUGAAACCUCCAUUAAUGGUGAAAGAAGAACGAAGAAGAAGAAGAUACCUUAGAGAAGAGAGAGGAGGAGAGGCGGCGGUCGGUAUUCGCCGAUGGUCGGAGGUGCGGUGGUCGCGAUGUGUUGCUCCCUCGUCGGUCGUUGGUCGCAGUCGAGGCUCCUUCGUCGGUCGUUGGUCGCGUAAGGGAGAGGGGGAAAGAAAAGGGCUGGGGUUGGUUUAUUAAAAUCGCGGGGUAUUUUUGGGAAUUUCACUACGCACGAUCGUGCGUAGGGGGCGACGCACGAUCGUGCGUCGAUGGAAGACGCAUACCCCCUGUUCAGUGCUUACGCACGAUCGUGCGUAAGGGGGGACGCAUGAUCGUGCGUCAGUAGCAGACGCUUCCCCCGCUUUUCCCCCCUUGUGCACGGCGUGCGUACCUGGAAGCGCUAUUUUUAACGUCGUUUGCCCGACGCAACUACGCAUUCAACUCUUCAAAUCUGUGAGAAAGGUCACCUCACGUUCGCGUUCUAACGGUCCUCCGUAGUAUUUCUUCAGGUGAUGGUCGUUAACCUUAAAGCGGCCCUUCUCGGGAUGGUUGAUAAGUCCGUAUUUAGACACGCAUUUGAUGCGUGUUGGAGUUGGAUUUUGAUGGUUUUCUCAGCUUUAAGGUGUUGCAAGUCUCAAUUUUAGCUCAAGUUAUGUUUACCGGGCGUUGGUUCGAGUUUUGUGUUGUUUGUAGUCAAAAUCAGGGAAUUUGAGUCCGGCACCGGCACUUGAGGAACAAUCGGGAUGAUUUGAGAAGCAUUUGAGAAUGAUUUGAUAGCUUUGGAGGUCACCGGAAGAUUCACAAUGAAGAUUCGAAGGAAAAAGAGCUCUAGGACUGGCUUCGGGAUAAAAAAGAAGACGAAUAGAGCUUGAAAACGACGAUCAGGAUGACCUUCUGUCAAUCGUUCAAUCAUAUCUCUUUGUAGAAACAACCAAUGGACACGAUUCAAGUUUCAUAGGAAAGCCAACUUCAAGGGCUACAAAUCAUAUGAAGACACCUUUGCGAGAAUCGGAGAGGAAGAAGGUGAAAACAGACGAUGAAGUCAGAUGAUCUCUGCUGCGAUUUCAGAAAGACACCUUCCACCGUUUUGAUCAUAUCUCUUGAUUGGAUGAUUCAAAUCACAUUCGGCAAAUUGGGGUGGAUAGAGGACUUCAUUAUCUACAACUUUCAUGAAGGAAAUUUUGUCAAAUUCGGAAGUUAAGUAGGCACAAUCGUGCCCUCAAAGUCAGACACGAUCGUGCCUGAAGAGAAAAGCACCCCGGAGCUACUGCCAGCCAGGCACGAUCGUGCCUGGAGGGAGGCACGAUCGUGCCUGCCCAAAAUGCGCGUUUUUGCUCCGGAGGCACGAUCAAAGGCACGAUCGUGCCUGGCAUCGUGUCUGGCUCCGAAAAUCCUAAUUCAGCUCAAAUUUCACCCGAUUUUUCUAUUUAAACAGCCUGUAAACCCCCGUUGGAGAGAGUGCCUAGCACGAAUUUUAGAUGGCUUUUUCAGCCUUGUUCAUCAAUCUUUUGGGAUUCUUUGUAAGUUCCACCUUUUUAAUUAAUGACAAUUAAUUCUUUUUAUUCCAAUUCUAUUGAUUCUUCAAUUAUGAAUUGUGAGUAGUUUUAUUUAGGGAUUUGGGAUUGAUGAAGGGGUUAAUCAUGAUGUAUGGCUAGAUUCUUUUAGGUUUAAUUGCAUGAAUGCCGUUUAAUUUGUGUUUGAAUAAUUUAAUUGAUAUCUUUUGUAACCUAGAAUCGCGACUAGAAUUACAAUUGCAUGUAGAAUAAAUUAAGAGAGAUCUAAUUUGUUCUAGGACACAUUCACACACACUUAAUCGUUCGCUAAGAGAUUAGUAGCGAUUAAGGGGCCGUAAGCUCGCCCGUCUUGGCAAUAAUUUAGGAUCCUGUCGCAUGAGAGAUCAGCCUGGUCCCCUAAAUUAUUGUACUCUACGUCGCGAGAGCGGUAAGAACUUAGUAAUGAUUAGCUAGGCUCAAUUAAAUUAAUUUCAUGUAAUUAGGCCUGAUCUGCCAGAAAUCUGGUUACCCCGGAAUCGAUCCCUGUUCCCUUCGUCAUUAAUUAGAAAGAACCCCCUAGUUUAAUUGUUCGCAUUAGUUUUAUUUUCCAAACCAACCAAUCUCGCAUGACGCUUUUAUUUAAUUUUCUUUUUAAUCGCUGAAUUUAAUUAAUUCUUGAUUCCCUUUUGUCCGUCCCUGUGGAGACGAUACUCGUACUUACACCACUAUAUUACAUCUAUUUUAAGUGCGAGAAAACACACAUCAGUUUUUGGCGCCGUUGCCGGGGACGGUGUCGGUUUUAAGGGUUAAUUAAUUUCAGCGAGAAUUUUUUUUUAGUUAGUUUUCUUUUUGUUCUUCGUAGGAUUUUCUGUGCUAACCUUUCAGGUUUUUUCAAAGAGGCAUGAGAUGAACCCAUUCAGCCAAAUUCCUGGAGGAAGUCCUUUUCCUCAAACCUCCAUGGAAUUUUCACCAUAUACGCCAUACCCUCCUUACACUCCUCCUCCUCAAUAUUACACACCUCAUCAAAAUUACUCUCCCACACCACAAAAUAUUCAGCCUUCUUAUCCGUACACUCCAACCACACAACCCUUUCAUUCUGAUUCUUACUAUCCUUCAUCACAUUACCCUUGGGUAAGUGUAAGACGAGGCUCCAUUCUUGAAUUUAUGCUUCUAAAUAAAACGCCUGAGGAAAUAUCUGAAUGUUUUAAGGAUAGCAUUUGUUCCUUCUGUGGAGGAGAUCACCAUUUAUGUCUUUGCCCCAUCAAACCUCUAUAUGACCAUCCUUUCCGGGAAACUGCAUACCCCACUUCUUCCUCCCCACAAUUUACGAACACAAAUGUUUCAGUCACUCCUACGUCUUUGCCGAGCUAUGAGCCACAAGAUUCAGACGACGAAUUGGAAGAGAUAAUUUCAGAGAAGCUGUCUGACCUGGAAGAGACACUAAAGAAAUUCAUGCAAGUGUCCGAUGCAAGUAUGCAGAACAUGGAGAAUCAAUUGGGGCAGAUUGCAAAGGCUCUAUCUGAGGAGUCCGGGAGAUCCCAUCCUAGCGACACAAAAUCCCAACCUGAGGAGACCAAUAGGGAUGAUCAUGUGAGUGAUUCGGACUGUGAAGGUGGGAAUAUGAUGCAUGAUACACUUCCUGAUACCUUUGAAGACCCUCCUAUGUUUGAAGAUGAAGAAGAAGAUAAUAGUGUCAAGUUGUUUUUCCAAGAAUACAGGAAAAAGUUUGAAACGGUACAAGAUGUAACUGAUGAAGUCACAAAUCACUGUGAUCUUCAUACAGAAACCCCUCAGCCGUUCGAUUUAUCAUUAGUCUCAACACCUGAGGAGGGCAAGGAGAAGAUCAGUCUUGAUGAUGGUGCUACUGAGGUAGGUUUGAGUAUUGAAGCUGAGUUGGGAAAAGAUGAUUACAUGCUCCGAGAGAGUGAGGGUGAGUUACAUGAUGUUCAUAAUGAAGAAGUCUCGCUCCACAAGCAAGAAUUCCCCUCUUGUACUCAUGCACCGGUCCACUCUUACGUGGUUUCAGAUAUGGACUUCUUUGAUUCACUUCUUGAUGACGAAAUUCCUUUUUAUGUGGAGAAUGACAACAUCAUCCGGGAAGUUAUUGAUAAGAACGAUGUUAACGAGAGUUGGGAUGCCUUCAUGGAGAGUGAUACAGAGUCUGGAGGAGAGGUUGUGAAUGUUCAUGAUAUCUGUGAGGAAGAAGAGGACUUUUCUAUGGUGCAAUUUGAUUAUGGUGUUGCUCCUACUCCUUGCUUUGAGACAUCUUUUGAGAUUCCAGUGAUACCUAGAGUAAUCCAAGUUUUCACUCAUGUUUUCUUUCCACCUGAAGAGGAUGAGAGUUUCAUACUUCACUUCUGUGCUGAUGAGGGUUAUGAAGACCAUGUGCUUCCUUCGUGGGCUGACGAAUUUAAAGAUCUGCGCCACCUAAUGACAUUUGUUGAGAGGAAGCUGGAGAUGUUGACUAUAAGUGCACCACUACAGUCUUUGCUAUUGGAGAGCCUAUGGGGUAGUUGUGUCGGGCAAACGACGUUAAAAAUAGCGCUUCUCGGGAGGCAACCCGAGCUUUUUUUUUCUGCUUUUGUUUUUGCUUUUGCUUUGUUUGUUGUUUGGUUGUUUUGCUUGUGUAUUUUGUUUUUGCAGCUCAGGGUCUUGCUUUGGGGAUGAUGUGCCGAGGAUCAUUGACUCAAUUUAGUUCUGCACCGACCAACGCCUUAGGGAAGUCUCUUUGACUCUUUUACUCGCUUGUUGAAAUAUUGACUUGAGUUAAGUUAAGCAUGUGUGACCCUAUCCUCUUUACCCCCUAGUACAUAAUUCAUAUUUCGUCAUCGAGGACGAUGUCAAAGUUUAAGUGUGGGGGAGUGAAUUGGGCAUUCGGGCAGUGGUUGUUACAUGAGAUUUAUUAGAGUUAGCAUGCGCAGGUGUUAGUUGUAUAUUCAUAGGAAAUUCAUGCAAAAUUUUGAAAAUUUUUCUUUAAACUGUGUCUUUGUGAGCUGGCUAGCAUUUUGACUAUGCUUUUAUGACAUUCUUGAAGUGUUUAGGCUUAAAUUGCUUGCAUGGUAAUAUAGUUGUUGAAAGGAUGAAGGCAUUAGUCACCAAUUGAAUUUUCCAUUAAUCAUCCCCCACCUGAAAAAAAUCCUUUAGGAGAAGCCAUUUUGAGCCUGACCGUUUAUUGUUUAUCCAAUUAAUUGAGCUCCAUAGCCAAAUGGCCUGUGUUUCCUUACCCGUGAAUAUUUCUGACUUAGUCUUGAUGUUUAGGGAACUAAGGGAUUAAUUUGCUAGGUUUAGGGAAUUUUGUGUAGGAGCCAUUUUUGGCACUGUUCCUAUGCUCCAAAUGGGGUAAGAGCAGACACUUUUUAGGAAUUUGAUACUUUCGAGGAUUGCAUUGUAGGCAUGGACUCACUUUAAAUUAAUGAACUUUAAUUGCUAUUUUUCCUUGGUGAGGCCGAAAUUAGAAUGAGGUAAUGUCUAGUGAGAAUCCGAAAGGUGAAAAAUUAAUAUAGCUAGACCUCUUGCCUUACGAAAAAGAGAAUGGGAGCCCCGGUCAAAAAGCGUAAGAUGAGACUUGGGUAUCUUUCGAAAGAAACGGCGUUCUCGUGCCAACAUGACAAGGAAAACUAAACUUAAAUUAAUGAACUUGGAGGCUAUCUCAAAAUUUAGCUUUAGUCCUCCGCGUACUUCAAGUAUACGUCAAAACACAAAUGUGCCGAGACGGUUUAGCUUAGUUGUACACCAUGUCUACUCUUUGCAUAGGUUUAAAUGAUUGUUCCUAAAUUGUGGUCUACUGAGUUCCUUGUUCCUAAGAAUAGCCCUGAAGUUCCUGAAUACAUUGAGUCUUUGUUAAAAUAUUCCAAUCUCUCAAAAGAAAGGGACUAUUUUUGUUAUCCAUGAACCAUUCACCACCACCUUCACAAGUCCUUCUGAUCAAUAACUAGUUUAUUUGUGUGUGCUGUCACUGCUUUGAGGAUGUUGUGAAUAUUUUGUCAAAUAUUUUAGCUAGAGUACAAAGAUGUAGUUUAGGGAAGAAUUUUUGUGGUUUAGUCUACUUGUUCUGUGAAUGUCCCUUUAACUAUGUGUGCAUGCUAAUUGUUUUGAUUCCGUGUGGUGAUUAUCGUAAGUCCCGUUGUUCAGUUUGCUUGAGGACAAGCAAAGGCUUAAGUGUGGGGGAAUCUGAUAAGUCCGUAUUUAGACACGCAUUUGAUGCGUGUUGGAGUUGGAUUUUGAUGGUUUUCUCAGCUUUAAGGUGUUGCAAGUCUCAAUUUUAGCUCAAGUUAUGUUUACCGGGCGUUGGUUCGAGUUUUGUGUUGUUUGUAGUCAAAAUCAGGGAAUUUGAGUCCGGCACCGGCACUUGAGGAACAAUCGGGAUGAUUUGAGAAACAUUUGAGAAUGAUUUGAUAGCUUUGGAGGUCACCGGAAGAUUCACAAUGAAGAUUUGAAGGAAAAAGAGCUCUAGGACUGGCUUCGGGAUAAAAAAGAAGACGAAUAGAGCUUGAAAACGACGAUCAGGAUGACCUUCUGUCAAUCGUUCAAUCAUAUCUCUUUGUAGAAACAACCAAUGGACACGAUUCAAGUUUCAUAGGAAAGCCAACUUCAAGGGCUACAAAUCAUAUGAAGACACCUUUGCGAGAAUCGGAGAGGAAGAAGGUGAAAACAGACGAUGAAGUCAGAUGAUCUCUGCUGCGAUUUCAGAAAGACACCUUCCACCGUUUUGAUCAUAUCUCUUGAUUGGAUGAUUCAAAUCACAUUCGGCAAAUUGGGGUGGAUAGAGGACUUCAUUAUCUACAACUUUCAUGAAGGAAGUUUUGUGAAAUUCGGAAGUUAAGUAGGCACGAUCGUGCCCUCAAAGUCAGACACGAUCGUGCCUGAAGAGAAAAGCACCGCGGAGCUACUGCCAGCCAGGCACGAUCGUGCCUGGAGGGAGGCACGAUCGUGCCUGCCCAAAAUGCGCGUUUUUGCUCCGGAGGCACGAUCAAAGGCACGAUCGUGCCUGACAUCGUGUCUGGCUCCGAAAAUCCUAAUUCAGCUCAAAUUUCACCCGAUUUUUCUAUUUAAACAGCCUGUAAACCCCCGUUUUCAGGGGGAGCUUAGAGAGAGUGCCUAGCACGAAUUUUAGAUGGCUUUUUCAGCUUUGUUCAUCAAUCUUUUGGGAUUCUUUGUAAGUUCCACCUUUUUAAUUAAUGACAAUUAAUUCUUUUUAUUCCAAUUCUAUUGAUUCUUCAAUUAUGAAUUGUGAGUAGUUUUAUUUAGGGAUUUGGGAUUGAUGAAGGGGUUAAUCAUGAUGUAUGGCUAGAUUCUUUUAGGUUUAAUUGCAUGAAUGCCGUUUAAUUUGUGUUUGAAUAAUUUAAUUGAUAUCUUUUGUAACCUAGAAUCGCGACUAGAAUUACAAUUGCAUGUAGAAUAAAUUAAGAGAGAUCUAAUUUGUUCUAGGACACAUUCACACACACUUAAUCGUUCGCUAAGAGAUUAGUAGCGAUUAAGGGGCCGUAAGCUCGCCCGUCUUGGCAAUAAUUUAGGAUCCUGUCGCAUGAGAGAUCAGCCUGGUCCCCUAAAUUAUUGUACUCUACGUCGCGAGAGCGGUAAGAACUUAGUAAUGAUUAGCUAGGCUCAAUUAAAUUAAUUUCAUGUAAUUAGGCCUGAUCUGCCAGAAAUCUGGUUACCCCGGAAUCGAUCCCUGUUCCCUUCGUCAUUAAUUAGAAAGAACCCCCUAGUUUAAUUGUUCGCAUUAGUUUUAUUUUCCAAACCAACCAAUCUCGCAUGACACUUUUAUUUAAUUUUCUUUGUAAUCGCUGAAUUUAAUUAAUUCUUGAUUCCCUUUUGUCCGUCCCUGUGGAGACGAUACUCGUACUUACACCACUAUAUUACGAUCUAUUUUAAGUGCGAGAAAACACACAUCAAUGGUCAAUCUCUAUAGUUCCGUAAGGAAAAACUUCACUCACUACGAAAGGACCGGACCAUCUAGACUUCGGUUUUCCUUUAAAAAAAUUUCAUUCAGGGGUUGAAUAGCAGAACUUGAUCCCCUUUGCAGAACUCUUUUCCCUGUUUAAUAUGCCGAUCGUGAUAGGCUUUGGUACGCUCCUUACUAAUCUUAGAGUUCUCAUAGGCCGUAAGCCUCCACUCAUCUAAUUCGUUGAGCUUCCAAAACCGUUCACGACCCGCCAAAAUAAGAUCCUUAUUUAAUUAGCGUUUUCAGGACCCAGUAGGCCUUAUGCUCUAUCUCUACCGGAAGGUGGCACGCCUUCCCAUAAACUAGCUGAAAUGGAGUAGUGCCAAUGGGUGUCUUAUACGCUGUACGCAAUGCCCACAACGCAUCAUCUAACUUAUCAGACCAAUCCUUCCUAUGGGUCUCAACGGUCUUCUCAAGGAUGGUCUUAAUGUCCCUAUUCGAGUUCUCAACUUGGUCACUAGUUUGAGAAUGAUAAGGAACGUCCCCCCUUUAUGAGCGACCCUGUACUUUGUCAGAAGGCGAGUCAUGGGAUCAUUUCUAAAGUGAGUACCCUUAUCACUUAUCAAAACUCUUGGCAGUCCAAAUCUAGAAAACAACUUCUUUAGAAAAUGAAUCACAACUCAAGCAUCAUUUUUUUUAACCCGGAAGGCAAACCACUAAAUUGGCGUGAAAGAAUUCAUAGCUAAACAAUUGGCUAUGAAUUCUUUCAAAUUGGAGACUUCUUCCUUUAAUUAAUGCAAAUAAACUAUGGCAGAUGACGCCAUCGACGGUACUAUGAGGGUGUUUGGAACUGAUUCUGCUUCUUCUUUUUUAAAGCAGAAGCAGAAUCAGUUUUCAGAAGCUGGUCACCCUCAGCUUCUAAAACAACUGAUUCUUGGAGUAAAUUUGAGUACCAGAAUCACUUCUGCACUUUCACCCAAACACUCUAGUUUCUGCUUCUGCUCUCUGAAGGAGCAGAAGCAGUUUUAAGAAUCAGAUCCAAACACCCCCUAUAUUAUGGCUAGACCUGUCAAUGGGUCGGGUCCGGGUCAGAACGUAGUGUUCCAGACCCGGACCCGCUAAGUAAAUAAAGGACCCGGACCUGACCCGUUUACCUGGCGGGUCUAAAAAUUUGGACCCGAACCCGGACCGAACGGGUCUCGGAACCGGGUCGGGUAGACCUGCCAAGAAUCAUAUGCACCAGUGCACACCAUUAUAUAAUUUUUUUGACACAACAUUAUAUAAUUUUUUAAAAAUAGCAAAACAUGUAUAUGAAAAGUAAAUCAAAGUGCACAAAUUUAAAAGCAAAAUAUAUCUUCACUUUUCAAAAAAAAUCAAGGUUUAUCAUAGAAAUUUAGUACUUAUAAAACAUCGUUUGUUGUAGAUGCGUACAAUUCCGCACUUUGUGUCUCUUUCUCUCUCACAGAAAACUCGUAUAUUAGACUAGAAAUUAGGUCACAAAAAGUUCUUUUGGACUAAAAGCAUAUUAUAUACUAUUAUAUUAUCACUUAUACAUUAGGUAUGUAUUAAUUUGUAUCUUUUUAAUCAAAGAAUUAAAACUAAUCACUUUAUAUAUAUAUAUUAGUUUGUAUUUUUAUUUGAAGUAUUAUAACUAAUCUCUUUAUGUAUUAGUGUGUGUAUAUAUACUAAUAAGAAAUUUUAAACGGGUUCGGGUCCUUAACGGGUCGGAAUCAUAUGUACCAUAUCCGACCCGUUUAUUAAAAGUACUAACGGGUCCGGGUUCGGAUCCGGAUAAACAGAAUAAAAUAGUGGAAAUUACCCCCGUAGACCACUUUUCUACUCGGCAUAUCAUUCAUGUCCCCGUACAAAUUUCUUUUCAUCUUUAAACUUUUAACAUUUCAGUUUUGUUUUUUAUUUAAAAAAGAGUCUAAACCUUAACUCAAUCAACCGUACAAAAUCCAAAUCUUCAAAUCAAGCUUUGCAUCUGUUCAUCUUCGUCUCCUCUAAGCUUCAAUUCGCACCAUCCUAAUUUCAUCUCCUCCACCAUUCUCUAGCUUUGAGUUCCUCCCACGCCUCCGCACUCCGAUUAUCCCUUCAUCUCCUCCAUCUAUUCGAAGGAGACGAACAAUUGGUAUUAAGAGUAUGAAAAUUAUGCUCAGAUUUCUCAGUUCACGAUUCUCUCGGACCAAGCCCUUUGCGACAAGAGCUUUGAUCCCCAAGACAUUGAUGACGUAAUGAACCUCUUCGAGCUUGAGGCCUACAAGGCCUAGGCAGCCAUGGAUCGGAGCUUGAGCGGGAGAAACAGAUCGAAGAAGCAGUGAUUCACAUGUAGCAACUCUGCCAUGGACAGCGCCAUCGAGGAGUUCCGACGCUUCGAGGAGGAGAUGGAUCAGAUGGCUCAGGCGGAGUACGACCAUCUAGUCGCCGUCGCUGUCGCCGAUAACACGAGUGGCGUGGAGAAUACCAUGGAGAGGGCGGCCACUGUCUCUGUGAAGAAGUAUAUCGAUGCCGCCGUCAACUCUGCUACCUCUUCCAUGAGAUCCGCCCUCAAGGCCGUUUCUUCCCAUUCCAAAAAGGUUCAUCCUUCUUGAAGAGCAAUCAAUUAACUAUUUCUACUAUUAAUAGUUAUGUUGUGAACAAUUAUGGGCAAUUUGGUGUACAUAAAUGAAAAUUUAUGUGAAUUGAUGAAUCCAUUAAGUAGUUCAUGGUGCCAAAUGUCACUGAUGUUGGUCUCAAACCAAGGCCAGUGAAGAAGAUUGCCAUAAUUGGUGGAGGUCUAAUUGGAUUUGGGAUAGCUACAACACUUAAAGGUUUGAUGUCUAAUGGAUCUUACGAUUUUGAUGAGUUGCACUUAUCGUAAAAAACAUUAUAUUUAAUUCACUGUAAAUCUAAUGAUUGUUGUAAUAUUACAGGUUCUAAUUGAUUAUGUAGCAAUUUUGCUAUUUUGAGUAAUAUUGAAGGUUGGUCUGGCGAUAAUGAAGCAUUUGGAGGCAUUUUUGUCCUACUUGAGCCCUGAAGUGUGUACUUAUUGCUAAUGUACACUUGUAACAGCCAUUUGAUUGCUGAUUUCACAAACUCGCUCCAUUUAAUCCAUGUUCUCUUUGCAUCAUGAGCAUAUGUUUACUUACAAUGACAUUGAAAUAACAUAUAUUUAUAGUGGUACUUAUAUAUAUAUAUAUAUAUAUAUAUAUAUAUUGUUUCUUUUUGUUGCAUUUUGUGUGUUGCUUUUUGUUGCGUCAUGUUGUUUUUUGUUGCAACUUGUUGUUGUUUGUUGCAUUUGAUUGCUGAUUGUUGUUUGCAAUCAAUCAGGAAUGCUACUAUUUUGCUAUCUAGACACUUUGCAGGGUUGGUUACUCGAAUGAGGUUUUGGAGAAGCUUAUUGGAGAAGCAUGUUGCAGCUGGCAUUGGAAAACAUCCCAUUGUUUUUAUGACUCAUAGCCAUUUUGGAAAUGAUGGAACCAUUUUCUAGUGUUAUGGACAUGAUUGGUAUAGAAUGAUUAGAUAUGUGAGGAGAAAGGUCUUCUUCAACCAGUGAGAAUGUCUUAUUAGCUACAACUGAUCACCGUGCUUGCUUCCAUAAGGCACACCUACGCCAGUGCCAGUAUGAGUGACAUACAGGAGAAGAAUUGAGAAGAAGUGAAACCAAAUAAUAUAAUAGAUAAAUGUAGUAAAUUGAAAUAAUUGGUCAAAUUGUAUAUUUGUUGUGAAACUAUAUAUACACGUACUAUUAUAUUUUGUUGCUUUUUGUUGUACCACAUAUGUUGCAUUUUGUUGCAUCGUGUUGCAUUUUGUUGCAUCUUAUUACUUUUUGUUGCACUCUGUUUAUUAUUAUUGUUGAUUUA